AUGUCACAAUUUACUUUUACAUCUAAUGAAGGUAUCCACUUUGUAAAAAAUCAUCAAAAGAAUAAUCAAGGCAGAAUUGAUAAAAAUUCUGAUGCUCAUAUUAUUCCUGUGCCUUCAGAUCCUGAAGGUAGUCAAAAAGUUUGUCGAGCACUUCUAAAAACUAUUUGUAUCACUGUCGGUAUUAGUGUAAAGGGCCAUAAUAUUGUCAAUCAUUCUGGUAGAUCUAUGCCUAUUAUAUUCUUAUUUCAAAAAAGAAUUCUUAUAGUUACAACUAUAGUAUUAACUAGGCAUAAAAGUAAAUCAUCAUAUUGCAUUUAUGCUCAUCUAUCUGAAAAACAAAAAAAAGAUAUGCUUUUACUGCUAAUUAACAAUAUUGAAAAGUUGCUACCUUUAAGUAAUUUAAAUAAUUUAAAAACUUCAAAUAACUCAGAAGUUUCAAAUAAAUCAGAAGUCUCAAAUGAAUCAGAAGCCUUAAAUAAAUCAGAAGCCUUAAAUAAAUCGAAGGCCUCAAAUGAUGCAAAAGUUUCAAGAU